UCCGCCUCGCCGAACUCAGAUCCCAUCCAGCCCAAGGGAGUUCUCUCCAGUCCACCGCAGCCGACUCAUCCUCGCUAAGUCAUCAGGGCACCAAGACACCAAGGCAAUGGAAUCUGCCAGCGCACGCAAACGGGCCCAGGCCAACGAUCCGAUCGCACCGAUCGCCAACGACCUGGUCUUCUCGCUCAACCAGGAGGCCGACAACCUGCUGAACUUUGCCAAGUACUUUGGACUGUGCCAGGCUCCCGAAGAGCCCAAGAUCACUGACAUCGAUGCCCUCGGAUUCACGCUGCAGUUCAUGGACCGCAAAGUGGGGUCUCUCAAAGAAGUGCGGGUUCAGUUCAACAAGCCGUGUGUCCGCCGAGACGACGCCCGAUUCCAGAUCGCUCUCCUCGCCCAGGAAGCCAAAUCUGCACUGGAGAUGGAUCCCGACAAGACCUACGUCCCGCCUGGCCGCAACCCUGAGCCGUAUUUCGAGCUGCCCAGUGUCAACGUGGCUGCCCCGCUGCUGACGAUCUGGGCGCUGCUGAUUAUUGGCACCUUUGUGGACCCGUUUCUCCUGCCGGAGCAAGUCUUUUUUAUCCACAGUCAGCUCGGCGGCCGCGCCGGCUUCCACUUGAUCCUGCGCAUCGUGCUGUUCAUUCACGCGUGCGAGUCUGUGGUUGCGAUUGGAUACUGCCUCUGGGGCGGAGUGCCUCUGGUCUCGACCAUCAAGUGGGCACUCUCGAUCUUGGUCUUUGGCAUGGGCAGUCUGCGGCUGCUCGUCCGGAUGGUGGUUCGGAUGGUCAAGACCGAGUGGAGCCCGCUCUCAUUCCUGAACAAGCAUCACGGCAACGUCGAAGUGGACACCUCGGCUGUCGGUACCGGCGAGGGCCAAGGCCAAGGCGAAGAUGAGGACAAGGCCGAGGAGGACUUCAAGAUCUUUGCCGACGGAGGGAUUCUAGAUCUGUCGGGCCACUACGAGAAGGUCUUUGGAAAGCGCAAGCAGGAGUGAACCCAUAUAGAUGACAGUGCAGGGCAACGCUGCCAAAUGAGAUUGCUCGGGAAGGUCUCUGGCGCCUUUCAUUGAGAACCUGAAUAUACACACCAGCCUUUGGGCAAGGGGCGAAUGGCAUAUCCCA